UUUCUCAACUCCUACCUAUCCACUAUAUCUAUUUAUAUUUUCAUUCAUAUAUAAAUAUACAAUACCUUAAGCCACACUUCUCUUAUCUCUAAACAUUCAUCUUCCAUUUCUAUUUUGGAUUUCAAUUCAAGCAACAUAACAUAACAUGGAUUGUUCAUCAUACAUCAACACUUCCUUAGAUCUCAACAUUACUCCUUAUAGAGUUCAAGAAAAAGUUCCUAAGGAAGUAGAAAACAACUUUUUCUCCUUGGGGAUGACCAACUUUUCUGUCAAAGAUGAGACCAUUGAUGAAUUGGAAGAGGAACUGAAAAGGGUGACAGCAGAAAACAAGAAAUUGGUGGAAAUGCUGUCGGUUGUUUGCGAAAACUACAACGCUUUGAGAAGCCAUUUGAUGGAAUAUAUGAGUAGAAAUCCUGAGAAGGAACUUAGCACAAUAUCGAAGAAAAGAAAAUCCGAAAGCAGCAACAAUAAUAAUAAUACUAACAGUAAUUUGAUUGGAGUUAACAAUGGAAACUCUGAAAGUAGUUCUACCGAUGAAGAAUCGUGUAAGAAACCAAGGGAGGAAGAAGUUAUUAAAGCCAAAAUUUCAAGAGCUUAUGUUAGGACUGAUGCAUCCGAUACUGGACUCAUUAUGAAGGAUGGAUACCAUUGGAGAAAAUAUGGACAAAAAGUGACUAGAGAUAACCCUUGUCCAAGAGCUUAUUUCAAAUGCUCUUUUGCUCCAAGCUGUCCUGUCAAAAAGAAGGUGCAAAGAAGUGUGGAUGAUCAAUCUAUGCUCGUUGCUACUUAUGAAGGAGAGCACAAUCAUCCUCAACCAGCUCCAAUGGAAUCAACGUCCGGUUCCACCCGUAGCGUGAGCCUUAGUUCGGUACCUAGCUCAGCGUCUCCAAGCUCAACGGCGCCAAAAGUUGUUACACUUGGCUUAACAAAUUCCAAGAGUAGUAAAGAUUUCAAGAAUAAUGAACCAAGGAAAGAUUCACCAAAGGCAGCAAAGAAUUUGGUGGAACAAAUGGCUACUUCUUUGACAACUGAUCCAAAUUUUAGAGCAGCACUUGUUGCAGCCAUAUCAGGAAGAUUGAUGCACAAUAAUUAAGUAAAAUUUGAUCAUUUUUUUAGAGCAAUAGGAUCUAUGUAAAUACAACAUAGAAGAUUGAGAUAUAUUUUAUCACAUUUGAUCCUUCUUUGGGCCAAAAUAUCUAGGAUACCACAAAUCAGAUUCCAAAUUGUUCUUACAGAAAUUCUAUGAAUGGAAAGGAAAUCCUCAUUUCUCUA